AUGAUAACAAAUACGAUUAUACUAAGCUUGUUGUAUUGGUGUAUUGGUGAUAUUGGUAAUAUUGAUGAUAUUAGUGAUAUUGGUAGUAUUGGUGAUAUUGGUAGUAUUGGUGAUAUUGGUAGUAUUGGUGAUAUUGAUAGCAUAUUAAACUAA